GGUUUGCGGAAUCCUCUCCCGCCACUUGCUUUCCCGCCGCCUCCCGGCCGGGGAUGCCUCCCCCCAUGGCCGCGAACGCUUUCCCCCCCACUCCCUUCCACCUCCGCCUCCACUGCAUCCCCUGCUUCCACUGUCCUCCCGCUUUGGAAAAACCUUUUAAACUCCACCCCUCAAGUCUCUCCUGAUUUCUCCCACUCCCUAACUUUCAUUCCUGCUCAAAACUUCACUGCUGAGUUCACCACCGACCAGUUUAACGCUGGAGCUCCGGAGUGGUCCCUUUCGCUGGUUGGCUACUCGAUCGGGAAAAGACCCUACUAUGAAACUCUUCUGUCCGUGAUUAAGAAGGCUUGGCAACUGAAAGGGUCCAUUUCUUUGCUUACUAUGGACGAGGGAUUUUUCUUGCUCAAAUUUACUGCGCUUGAAGACUACGAGUAUGCUUGGAUGGGUGGUCCGUGGUUCUUCUUUGGUAAGCCAUUCAUACUUCAAAAGUGGACUCCUGACUUUGUGCCUAAACGAGAAGAAUUCCCGGCUAUUCCCUUAUGGAUCAAAAUCCUGAACUUGCCGCUAUCUCUGUGGACACCGGAAGGUAUCUCUAAACUUGCUAGCUGCAUAGGGAUUCCCAUUGCUGUUGAUGCUUUAACUGCUGCAAAAAUUCGUUUGACAUUUGCAAGAGUUUGCGUACAAAUUACUAGUUCCUCUUUUCUUCCUGAGGAAAUUUUUUAUUCUGUUGAAGGAAAGUCGUAUCCCCUUAGAGUCCAAUAUGACUGGAAACCCGAAAAAUGUUCUCAGUGUGGCUCCAUCAUGCAUCCACCGACUCUAUGUCCAAAAGAUCCAAUCCUAAAAACCCAAAAUGUUGAAAAACCUAGGGGAAGAAGUACUAGUAGAAGACCAAAACGCACGCCACCACCAAAACUCUACAUUCCUAAACCUCCACUGACCCAAAAUAUCACUCAGUCGCAGCCUAAUCAUGACAUACCUCCUCAACCUCCUACUUCCAAUGAAAAUCAAAAUCCUAAUGCAGGGACCUUAAUCCCGAACCUUAACUCUCCCUCUGGAGAUAUCCAGGACAUCACUGACUCCAUAGCCCAGAUAAAACAGCCUGUUACUAUCACUACCAAAAACAAAUUUGAAGCCUUAAAUGGCCAUGAUAACAUUGAGGAGACUCUGGCUUCUUCUUUCCAACAAGCCAAAGCUGAUUUUCCCUCUAAAAAUGACCCUACAAACACUACAAAUCCUAACCUCAAUAGUCCUUCCCAGACGUCACCUCGCUUACAUCAACCUAACAUCCCUUCCUCCUCUAUGGAACCUUCCACCUCCAGCUCCACUUCAUCUAAAGCCCAACCACCACCUAGCCAAAACCCAAAACAAACUAGAGGCAAAGCCAAAAAGGCCUCUACCCCCAAUCCAAAAUCCCAAUGA